AUGGGGGUGGCUAUUAGCCGAUAUUCGGACAUAUCCUCUAAUGAGCUCUUAGAGCGUUUCUGUUCUUCAGAAAUUAUUUGCCCCAAUGAUCCAUUUUGGAAUCAGUUAUUAGCAUUCAAUAUACAACUGCCAAACAAUACCGAUGAGCAGCUUAUAUUUGAUUCAAGUACUGAAACACUCCUGCAGAAAUUUUUACAAAACAACCUGCAGACUGGCAAUCUAGGUUCUUUAGUUCAAGUUUUUAUUACACGUGCUACUGAACUGCUUGCAUCACCAAACAGUGACAAUGUGAUGCUGGCGUGGCAGACCUUCAACGCGCUGUUCGUGAUACGUGCGGUGAGCAAGUACCUGGUGGAGAUCGUUCCCGAGUACGAGCUGUGCCGGCACCUGGACGUAAACGCGGCGCGCGCUGCGAACGGGCAUCUCGACAUAAUAGAAGUCGAUAGUACACCGCCACAUGGACGGGUGACCCCGGAAUCACAAGGCUCUCCGGAGACCCCCUCGCCGAUAGCAGCGCCCCCUAUGGUGGAGCCGCCAGCCUCGCCCAAGCUGAUGGGCGGCGAGAGCAGGGUGGAAAUGCUAAUAGACGCUCUUAUAGGACUUAUCAUCGACGUGCCAGUGACAGACAACACGUACUAUCUACAUUUGGAGUGCAUAAACACAAUCUUGGUGCUCAUGUCUGUAUACAUGUUCGCCGGCGUCCACGGACAGACGCGCCUUGUGGAGACCUCACUUAUAUACAGGACCCUGUUUCAAGGACGCUACGGCAUGCACGCGCCGCUUUUGGUGAAAACGUUGCUCGUGAACCUCUGCAAUAUGGCGCCGGCGCCGCCCUCUAUGUUCGGCACCGGCAGCGGGGACAGCAUCUUAGUCAACUUGGCCUCGGGCCUGUGGAGAAUGCUGACACUGGGGUCCGGUUCCCGGCCGACGAUAUACAGCCAGCCGCCGCUGGAGCGGGCUGAACUCCUGGAGCGGCUGAGGAGGGAGCACGGCGUGGCCAACCAGUCGUGCCUCCUGCUGCUGGCGCUGGCCAACCACUGCAUGACGCAGGGCAACCUGUACCGGAACGCGCUGCUCUGCUGUGAGGACGCUGCUGAAACUUCGUCAACCACCCCGCAGAGGGACUCAAACAGCGCUGCACAAACCACACCGCCACGGAUUGACAUGGCUGCGCUUCACAAAGCUCUUUGCGCCACGGCCGGCUGCGAACACUCCACCCUGCUCCUCUAUUUGAUGCUGCAUUCGUGCAAAGCGUACAAGAGACACGUGAGCAACGUUGCACACGUCGAAAAUUUGAUAGUGCCCAUACUGCAAGUGCUGUACAACGCACCUGACAGCAACUCCCAUCACAUCUACAUGUCGCUGAUAGUUCUACUGAUACUGACGGAAGACGACUCUCUCAUCAAAAGCGUGCAUCAGAUUAUGCUGAAAAACCUAACAUGGUACACGGAGCGUUCGAUAUCGGAGAUAUCGCUGGGCGGCCUCAUGGUGCUGGUGGUGGUGCGCGCCUUGCAGUACAAUAUGGCGCGGGUGCGGGACAAAUACCUUCACACGAACUGCCUCGCGGCCAUCGCCAACAUGAGCUGCGAAUUCAGAAAUCUCCAUCCGUACGUCGCUCAGAGGAUAGUGUCGCUGUUUGAAACGUUGACGAAGAGAAGAUCGCGGUUGUGUAGCGAAAUAGAAGGUGGUGAUAUAAAUACGUUAGAGUUGCCGCAUCACGCCGAGGAAAAAACAGAGGAAAUAAUGGAUCACAUAGCGGUACUGGACGAAGUGAUACGAAUGCUGCUCGAGAUCAUCAACUCGUGCCUGACCCACCAGCUGUCUUCGAACCUGAACCUGGUCUACGCGCUGCUCCAUAAGAGGCACCUCUUCCAGCACCAGCAGCACCAGCACCACCACCACAUCGCGCAGAACAUCGAAAUGGUGAUCGGAUACUUCUCUACGAGGCUGCAAAGGGUACAAGAGGGCGCUGGUGGUGACCUUGGCGUCACAGAAGUGCUGCAAUGUAUCAAGAAAGGCGCAGAGCAGUGGUCCAGCGAUAGACUUAAGAAAUUCCCCGACCUGAAGUUCCGCUACGUGGAGGAGGAGAGGCCCGAGGAGUUCUUCACGCCGUACGUGUGGGGCCUGGUCAGCAGCUGCGGGGGCGUCUACUGGGCGAGCGAGUGCGGCGCCAGGGCGGUGGGCGAUCUGCUGGGCUGC